GGCGGGGCGCUCUGUGCCGCCUCUCACUCGGAAGUCUUCACUUGACGACUCUACUCGCUCCUCUCUCCGCGUCUUCUCCGACAAACUUUCAAGAGUCAACAACAUCAACAACAUCAUCCUCGGGCGCGUCCACAAACCCUCCUCCUGCUGCAGACGAUGGCUGCUGCCCUGAUGCUCAACCUGGCCACGGCCCUGCUCCUGGCAGCGUCGCUGGCCGUGCUGCCCGCAUCGGCAGAUCUGUGUAACACCAUGAGCGGCAAGUCCUGUGAAGAAUGUCUGAAGAACGUCAGUUGCCUGUGGUGUUUCUCCAACAACUCGUGCCUGGACUACCCCGUGAAGACCAUCCUGCCCUCCUCUUCAGUGUGCGCCCUCUCCAAGGCCCGCUGGGGCGUCUGCUGGGUGAACUUUGAGGCUCUGAUCAUCACCAUGUCAGUGGUGGCCGGCGUGCUGCUGCUUGCGAUGUGCAUCUGCUGCUACUGCUGCUGCUGUCGCGAAAGCAAGAGUUCCAAGCGAGCGCGGCAGCUGGAGAAAGAGAAGGCUGCCCGGGACAAGGCCGAUCGCGUGGUGCGCACUGAAGAGCGGAAGGUGGAACGGAAGGCCAGGAAUGAUGAAAUUCGCAAGAAAUAUGGCCUGUACACGGAGGACAAUGCUUACACACGGUUCGACAACAAGUGACGUGGUCAGCUUGAGCAGCAGCAGCAAAAUCAGCACUUACAGGGCUCCACCCACAGACACACACUACACACUCCGCUCUCCAGGGAUGAUAGGCAGGGCACAGCACUAAUCCUAGAACACACACAAGCCACGUACUAAUGUUACUCUUAUUAAAGUACAUUGACAUUUUUUGAGCAAAAAAAGAAAAAGGGCAGAAGUAAUCGACGGUGGCCUUUUUUUCGUGAAAUUAUUAUGGUGGUGGUUCAGUUUGUACAUUUGGCUUUUGAUGAAUCUCUGCUUGUCCUUAAUUCUUGUUCUAUUAAAUCCCACCUUGGUAGUUGACUGUCUUAUUAAUGUAUUCCUCUGUUUUUAACAUUGUUACAAUGCAAUUAAAGGUUCUAACUCAAA